CAUCGGCUGGCGAUGGUUGUUCGUGGACAAAGAUACUGUCCACUUCAUCCCAUUGGCCUUACUUCGGCCAGCUCCACACCGCUAGUCACGCCGCCGGCUCUCAAGCUGCUUCAUCUAACUGGCUCGAAAAUGCCCACUGCCCCUUCGGCGGAACGCCGUCUCAGAUUCGGCUCGAUCUCGGCUGUCGAAGCCGAAGAGGAGCUGCUGGAAAGUGCACGCUCCUCCGAGUUCCGCAACGAUCUGAGUUUUGCCAUUGAGGCGGCGCCAGGGUCAGGAAGACCUUCAGAAGAACCCUGGCGGAGACAAACAAAGUAUGCCUUCCCCGCCAUGGAAAGACCUCUCCAAAAGCAACUCCAGCCCAAACGCUGAGUGGACAAAACAAACCCUGCUCGGCGCCGUCAAAGACUCCAUCAUGCAAGGCUUCUAGUGGGCCACGCGCGAAGGACCACUCUGUGGGGAACUGUAGGGUCUCGGCGCAACGGAGGCAGCUCGGUAGCUGCCGGUCAUCCUCCCGACCGCCCUCUGACCUGGUGUCCGUUGCCGAGCCUCCGCCGGUCGCUCCGGACCAUAUCUCCAGCGCCUCUCGAACCACUCGCGUCACUUCACGUGUCCUCGCUCACUGUCCCUACCAGACUGAUCCUCUCCCGUUCUAUCUUCUUGCUCUUACCGUCGUUCCUUUCACACCGCUACACUUGUGCCAAAGGGCGGCACACUCGGAAAGGGUCAGACCCUACAAUCCCCCCUUGGUUUUAUUUUGAAAUAUGUGCCCGGUAUUCAUCCUUUAGCAAUUAAAGUUAUUUUCUCCUAGAUGGAUUUAAUUUAGGACCUAGAAUAAAAUAUACAAUCUUUUCAAUCCUAAAAAUUGAAUAACUGCUACUCUGAUCGAUUAUCCUUGGUCUCAAGAUGAUUUAGGUUUUUGUUAACUUAACUUGCAUUGCGGUGACUUGAGACAAACUCAUAAAUAUCAUUUUACCGAAUAAGGCUAGUACGCUGACCGGAAGGAAAGGGGUCAAGGAACAGCUUUACAAACAGCAGAACAAAAGAGAGGGAGCGACUUCUUGGGGCUUUUCUUUACCCUCUCUGGUUUGCUUACUCUGCCGCUGUUGCCCAUUUGAAUUUUCUUGACCGAUUCCUUCCGAAGUGCGUAGACCGCUAUACUUGGUAGAACACCAAUAUUUAGCUUCGAUACCUCUUCCUCCCUUUUCACUUUUUUUUUAAUUCACGAUUUUAACAUUCGUCAUGAAUCUAAGCUUUG